AUGGUCCACGGCACUGGGAGGGACAGCCGUCAAGAGGCGCACGAGUACUACCGCCAGCAACACCAGCACCACCUGUACCAGAGCCAGCGCGUCCAGCACCACCCGCAGGACGUCGCCGCCGGCUACCACCACCAGCUGUACCAGCAGCAGCAGGCCUUCAAGCACGCACACCCCUACCCCGGCGCGCCCCAGAGCCCGCCCUCGCCGCCCGUGGAAGACCUGGCGAACAAACCGUCGCUCCCGUCCAUCUCGAGCCUGCUGGGCAUCGCCGACGGCGAGCGCCCCAACACAGAGCCUGGGUCGCAGUCACAGCAGGCGUCGCCAAGCCAGCAGCCGCAGGCCGUCCCACAGGCUCAGCAACAACAACAACCGCCGUCGCACCACCACCACCAGCAGGUGCAGCACCAGCCGGUCCUGCCGCCCGACCACCGACCCGACCAGGCUCAGCAAGCUUUCGCCCCCACGAUCGUGAGCCACCCCAGAAUGACUUUGCCGCCCACGCCUCCCAUGCGGCCGGACUCCGUCAUUGACGGGAACCAGUCUCCCUCCACCUCUUCGCAAUCGUCUGUCCCGCAGCAGACGCCCUACUACCUGGGCCAAUCGCUGAACAACAUGGAGCCGCACCAGCAGCGCCAGCAGAUGCCCCCCGCUGCUCCCAUGCGCCAGCGCCCAUCCGUGCCUUCGCAGCCCGCGACCUCUCCUUACGCGACCUCGCCAUACGCAGCUUCUCCUUACGCCUCCUCUCCUGGCGCCGCCUCCGUGGGCUCGUACUACUCCCCGGAAAACCCGGUCUACACCUCGCCGGGCAUGUACGGCCAGCGCCCGCUGCCCUCGAACUUUCCCCCGCCGCCGGUGCCGGUGUCGGUGCCGGUGACGACGCCCGGCAACCCGAACCCGUGGCAACACCACCACUAUAUCAGCGCGUCGAGCGCGGCCGCAUUCCCCCAAUCGCAGGACCGGUACAUCUGCCAGACGUGCAACAAGGCCUUCUCCCGGCCCAGCAGCCUGCGCAUCCACAGCCACAGCCACACGGGCGAGAAGCCGUUCAAGUGCCCGCACGCCGGCUGUGGCAAGGCCUUCAGCGUCCGCAGCAACAUGAAGCGCCACGAACGCGGCUGCCAUGCCACGGCCGGGCCGUCGGUGCACGGAUCAUGA